CAGCAGGAAGCGUCUCGGAACAAUAAAACAAAGUUUCCAGAGGAUGGCAGACCAGAGGUUGGGCCGCGGGCCAUGGACGGGCUGCGCCGUCCUCUUCCUGCAGUCUCUGAGUCCUGGAGUCAACCUGCUGUCUCUCUACAAGGACCGACAGAGAGGGAAGUUCAUCGUCUUCAAGGUCAUCAAGCUCACGCUGAUAGACUCUGCAGGAGGUCUGGGGGGCUAUGAGAUCCUGAAGGUGCAUGAUGCGGACCCGUUCCUGGGGGUGGAGGUGAAGUUUGAGGAGGUGUCGGCGUGCCAACAGUUCCUGGAGAGCUACAGCUCCGGGGCGGUGCGCCAGUCGCUCUCCCAGCACGCCGGACGCCUCCUGGCGCUCCCGCAGGAGUUCUCAGUGGAAACUCAGCUCAAAGCCAGCACUCACACCCUGGAUCUGUCCCUGGACAAGCUGGAGCUCUGCCUGCAGCACAUCCACCUGGCCCAGCCGGAGCGUCUGCGUGACGAGGAGAUCGAUCAGCUGGAGCAGCAGCUGCAGACGGAGGCCCUGGGCCCCGGGCCCCAGCCGGCCCCCCCCUCACAGGAAGAGGCCCCGCUCCCCUCCAACUGCUUCAAGUUUCAGAAUAAAGUGUUCGAGGACCGGAUGCUGACGGCGGCAGAUGUCCAGAGCUUCUCCAACGCGGUGGGCCGCCAGUGGAAGAGCGUGGGCCGGGCCCUGGGGCGGAGCUGCCGGGCCCUCAAGGGCCCCGCCAUCGACAACCUGGCCUACGAGUACGAGCGGGAGGGGCUGUACGAGCAGGCCUACCAGCUGCUGAGCCGCUUCAUCCAGGCCGAGGGCCGCGCCGCCAAGCUGAGCCGGCUGCUCCGAGCGCUGGAGGACUGCAAACUGACCGGCCUGGCCGAGAGCCUGCUGGACGCCUCGCCGCCGCCGCCGCCACGGGGGGAAAACUGACUCCACCCGCCGCCGCCGCCAGGGGAAAACUGACCUGUGACAAGAGACACACGCCUGUCAAUCAAACAUUCCUCUGUCUGUCUGUCUGUGUGUGUCUGUCUGUGUGUGUCUGUGUGUGUGUGUGUGUGUGUGUGUGUG